ACGGAAUGGGAACAAAGAUGGCGGACCUCAGUUCCCCUCAGAAGCUGUUAGGGGUGUCUCAGCCGCCUGAGGGAGUGGGAGGAGGCCGUUGCUCCGAAAUCUCCACCGAGCUCAUUCGCUCCCUGACGGAGCUGCAGGAGCUGGAGGCUGUGUACGAACGGCUCUGCGGCGAGGAGAAAGUGGUGGAAAGAGAGCUGGAUGCUCUUUUGGAACAGCAAAACACCAUUGAAAGUAAAAUGGUCACUCUCCAUCGAAUGGGUCCCAACCUGCAACUGAUUGAAGGUGAUGCAAAGCAGCUAGCUGGAAUGAUCACCUUUACCUGCAACCUAGCUGAGAAUGUGUCCAGCAAAGUUCGUCAGCUUGACCUGGCCAAGAACCGCCUCUAUCAAGCUAUUCAAAGAGCUGAUGAUAUCUUAGACCUGAAGUUCUGCAUGGAUGGAGUUCAGACUGCUUUGAGGAAUGAAGAUUAUGAGCAGGCUGCGGCCCACAUUCAUCGCUACUUGUGCCUAGACAAAUCAGUCAUCGAGCUCAGCCGACAGGGCAAAGAAGGGAGCAUGAUUGAUGCCAACCUGAAAUUGCUGCAGGAAGCUGAACAGCGUCUCAAAACCAUUGUAACAGAGAAGUUUGCUAUUGCUACUAAGGAAGGGGAUCUGCCCCAGGUGGAGCGCUUCUUCAAGAUCUUUCCGCUACUGGGUUUGCAUGAGGAGGGAUUAAGCAAGUUCUCAGAAUACCUUUGCAAGCAGGUGGCCAAUAAAGCUGAGGAGAAUCUGCUAUUGGUACUAGGGACAGACAUGAGUGAUCGAAGAGCUGCAAUCAUCUUUGCAGAUACACUCACUCUCCUUUUUGAAGGGAUUGCCCGCAUUGUGGAAACUCACCAACCAAUAGUGGAAACCUAUUAUGGGCCAGGGAGACUUUAUACCCUGAUAAAAUAUCUGCAGGUGGAGUGUGACAGACAGGUGGAGAAGGUGGUAGAAAAGUUCAUCAAGCAGAGGAACUACCACCAGCAGUUCCGGCAUAUCCAGAACAACUUGAGAAAUUCUGCAACAGAAAAAAUAGAACCAAGGGAACUGGACCCCAUUUUGACUGAAGUCACCCUGAUGAAUGCCCGCAGUGAGUUGUAUUUAAGCUUCCUCAGGAAGAGGAUCAGCUCUGAUUUUGAGGUGGGGGACUCCGUGGCCUCAGAAGAAGUAAAGCAAGAACACCAGAAGUGUCUGGACAAACUCCUCAAUAAUUGCCUAUUGAGCUGCACCAUGCAGGAGCUAAUUGGCUUAUACAUUACCAUGGAAGAGUACUUCAUGAGGGAGACUGUGAAUAAGGCUGUGGCUCUGGACACUUAUGAGAAGGGCCAGCUGACAUCCAGCAUGGUGGACGAUGUCUUCUACAUUGUUAAGAAGUGCAUUGGACGGGCUCUUUCCAGCUCCAGCAUUGACUGUCUCUGUGCCAUGAUCAACCUUGCCACCACAGAAUUAGAGUCUGACUUCAGGGACGUUCUGUGUAACAAGCUACGGAUAGGCUUCCCGGCCACCACCUUACAGGACAUCCAGCGUGGGGUGACAAGUGCCGUGAACAUCAUGCACAGCAGCCUCCAGCAGGGCAAAUUUGACACAAAAGGCAUUGAGAGCACUGAUGAGGCCAAGCUGUCCUUUCUGGUGACUCUGAACAACGUGGAAAUCUGCAGUGAAAACAUCUCUACUCUGAAGAAGACGCUGGAGAGCGACUGUACCAAGCUGUUCAGCCAGGGCAUUGGAGGGGAGCAGGCCCAGGCCAAGUUUGACAGCUGCCUUUCUGACUUGGCUGCCGUGUCCAACAAAUUCAGAGACCUCUUGCAGGAAGGGCUGACAGAGCUAAACAACACAGUAAUCAAGCCGCAGGUGCAGCCUUGGAUCAACACCUUUCUCUCUGUUUCCCACAACAUCGAGGAGGAAGAAUUCAAUGACUAUGAGGCCAAUGACCCUUGGGUGCAACAAUUCAUCCUCAACCUGGAGCAGCAAAUGGCAGAGUUCAAGGCCAGCCUGUCUCCAGUCAUCUAUGACAAUCUGACCAGCCUCAUGACUAGCUUUGUUGCAGUUGAAUUGGAGAGAGUGGUGCUGAAGUCCACCUUCAACCGGCUGGGCGGUCUGCAGUUUGACAAGGAGCUGAGGUCACUCAUUGCCUACCUUACCACGGUAACCACCUGGACCAUCCGAGACAAGUUUGCCCGCCUCUCCCAGAUGGCUACAGUUCUCAAUCUAGAGCGGGUGACUGAGAUUCUAGAUUACUGGGGAGCCAACUCUGGCCCACUGACAUGGCGCCUCACCCCUGCUGAAGUACGCCAGGUGUUGGCUCUGCGUAUAGACUUCCGCAGCGAGGACAUCAAGAGGCUGCGCCUAUAGCUGCCAGGGUGAGCCCAGCUGGCCCAUCUUACUCCAGGGCCCAUUCCCUAAGUGGCCACAGCCAAGGAGCUAAGCAAGGCUCUCCGGCAUGAGGAGAGUUCUAACAGCCCAGACCGUUCCUCCAUUAGCAGCAGGGAAACAAGGCAUUGACUAUCCAUUCUCUGCACUCAGACCUAGCUGGGUGAUGCUUUGAGAGCAACCCUUUCUCACCAAGAGGUGAGUGCCCUAGCUCCUAAUUAGGUGGGCAAGUCAACGCAGGCCAGCCUUCUGCGUGGUGGUCGUGCUCUCAUCCCUAGACACUGCAGCAAACAGACUGCCUCUCUGCCAGCCUUAAAGGAUUUGGGUGCAUCUGGGGACCUAGGGAAUUAGGUUUACUCCAAAAAGACGAUAUAAUGUUUAUGACCAUCCUGAUUAAAGAGACUCCUUGGAGAGAUGCCAGUGUGCUGUUGUCAGGGAGGGCUGGGUGCUACAGGGCAAGACAGGUCUACCAGUUGCAUUGACAUGUGAAGGCAAAAGCCUAAAGCCUCAGCUCCCCCACACCUGGAGUGGCACAUAGCUACUGCCAGGACACACUUUAUAGCUGGUGGCUCAUCCAACCCUGGAACCUAAUCCCCUUCCUGGGCCAUCAGCACCAGAAGCUGGAUCAUCCCCAGGGCAGUUUCCCACAGUGCCAGGGGAGAUGGGAAUUCCUCCCGGCAGGAAUAAAAGAGCUUUAUGAGGACAA